AUGAAUCUUGAACUCUUAGAAUAUUUCUUUACACGCAUAGAGGCAUUUCACCAAAAUUACCCGGAGGCAGCAGAUGGUCAUCUCGAAAGGAUUAAGAAGGAUGAGUCAGGAGGAUGUGCCACUUUUGUUGUCACAAUCCAUUUCAAUCGACCUGGAAGUUUGGUGGCCGUUGGAUGUAACGAUGGCCGUAUUGAAAUCUGGGACUUUGUAACUCGUCGAAUUGCAAAAAUCAUUGUAGCUCAUUCGCAUCCAGUUUGUUCGAUAAGCUGGAGCCGCAACAGUCGUCAGUUGUUGAGUGCCUCGACCGAUAACACGGUCGCCAUCUGGAACAUAGUGACGGGGGAAUGUGAGCGAAUAUUCACUUUUCCCUGUCCUGUCAUGAAAGUACAAUUCAAUCCGCGAAACUCUGCUGAAAUUCUGGUCUGUCCACUUCGACACCCACCCGUCUUGAUCGAUGUUACCACGGGAAAACCCAUCAUUCUUAAGCAGGAGGAUGAGGUUAGGUUUUGUCAUUGGUGCAUCAUUUUGAGAUGUUCUGUUUUGUGUUGUACCAUUCUCUUGGUUUCGUAUCAGGUCGAUUCUAUCGUUGUCGCCAGGAAGGUAACGUUUCGCUUUACCUCGAUCGCUACAUUCGUUUUAUCACUUUAA